GCUCCGGUCUGUCGGGGAGUUCUGACCCGGCAGUCAUCGAGCAGGGACCGUGCAUGUGUGAGGAUUACCGGGGGAGCUGGAGGACCGCAACCCAAAUAAAAAAAAAAGGUGUGCCUGAAGGUCUCAGCAGUUACAGUGACAUGGGCAGCAGAGGUAAUUAUACACCGUGCAGAGCAAACACAGAAGCCCCUCCUGAACUGCAGAGCAGAAAAUGACUCAGGCAGAUGGAAUCAGAAGGACGAGUAAUGGCCGCCUCCACUCUGAGGCCCUCGGGGACCUCGAGCGUGCCGACAGCACGGAGAAAGUUCAAGAGGCCAAUGAAUGUGAAUCCGAGGAAGGGGCGAAGGGAAAUUACUGCGGAGACUCUGCGGCUCCAACGGGCGCCGUCACGGCUCCGGAUGGCGGUUGGGGCUGGGUGGUGUUGGCCGCCACCAUCAUAGUCCUGGCUCUGACCCUGGCCUUCCCAUCCUGUGUGGGAAUCUUCUACACCGACCUGCAGAAUGAGUUCCACGCCUCCAACAGCGAGACCUCGUGGGUGCCCUCCAUCAUGACGUCAGUGCUCCACGCAGGAGGUCCCUUUUGUAGCGUGCUGGUGGAGAGACUUGGUUGCCGGGCGACAGUCAUGUUGGGCGGCGUCCUGAGUGGGUUCGGAAUGGCUGCCAGCUCAUUUACCCAGUCCGUGGAGCAGCUCUACAUCACGGCCGGGGUUAUUACAGGACUCGGGUUCUGCUUCAGCUUCCAGCCUGCGGUGACGAUCCUCGGCCACUACUUCGUGCGUCGCCGCGCCUUCGCCAACGCCAUGUCGUCCACGGGCACGGCGCUGGGCCUGUGCACUCUGCCCUUCCUGGGUAACUACCUCCACACGGAGCUGGGAUGGAGGGGGAGCUUCCUCGUCCUGGGCGCCGUGCUGCUGAACUGCUGCGUGUGCGGCGCGGUGAUGAGGCCCCUGCGGGCCCCCGAGCCCCGGGGCCAGCCCCUGAUGAACCACGGGCCGCCUCCGCCCGAGGAGGAGGUCGCGAGGAAGCAGAAAGGGAGGAUGAGACAGAUGUGGAGCUGCCUGGCUGCUUCUCUGAGCAAACACAUGGCCUUUGACCAGCUGUGCCACAACCCCCGCUACUGCGUGUACACCAUCGGCAUCACCUGGAUGAUGCUGGGCUUCGUGGUGCCCCUGAUCUACCUGGUUCCCUACGCCACCGCCAACAACAUAACGCAGAGCCGCGCCGCCUUGCUGCUCUCCAUCCUGGGCUUGGUGAACAUCGUGGUGCGGCCGCCCUUCGGCAUCAUCUUCAGCAUGCCGUGGUUCAAAGGGCGACACAUUUACGUCUUCGCCUGGGCGCUGCUGGUCAACGGGCUCAGCAACAGCAUCUGCUGCUUGGGACCCAGCUUCUCCGUCCUGCUGGCCUACGUCAUCAUCUACGGCCUCUCCAUGAGCGUGGUGGGCUCCCUGAUGUUCACCGUCCUCAUGGACGUGGUGGAGAUGAAACGCUUCCCCUCGGCGCUGGGCCUGCUCGCUAUCAUGGAGAGCAUCACGCUGCUCAUCGGGCCUCCACUGGCAGGAGUCCUGAUCGACAGGACGGGUCAGUACUUCCACGUCUUCUUCGUCAGCAGUGUCGUCGUUGCCUCCUCCGCCGUGUUCCUCAUGGUGGCGUUCUACUGGCUGGACACAAAGGACAGGAAGCUGUUGAAGCAGGGUCAACCGUCUGCGCUGCCCGAACCGGCGAGGCCUCAUGUGGACUUGGCUCCCGGCUGUCAGUACAGCAGCGUUCCCACAGAGGGAGACAAAGAAAAGGCCUCGACCAACGGGACGGAGAACAUCACCAGCAUCUGAAGGCCUCUCACACAAUCAUCACACUCUGGCUCAGACAGAUCUAGCAGAUUAUCUCCUUAAUGUUUGGCUUCGAUUCGCCAGAUGUUUGCAAGGUUUACUUUUACUUCCAUCUGGUGCAAAUCGAAACAAACACGGUGAAUAAUUUGCGGGUCUGUUUGACCAAAGUCAGAUCCUACAUACCAAAAUGAACAGAUGUGCACUUAAAGCUACAAUGUGAUUGUACUAUUUAUUGCAAAAAUGCUGCUGAUCUUAUCUCUGUGAUCACACAAUCUAUAUCGUCUAUCAAGCCAAGUUACACACAUGCUUCUUAGUUGAAGAAAUCACUUUAAAUAGUUCUUUUAUGGAGUGUUUAAUGAAAAGCUUUCAGUAGGUAGUAGGUCAAGUGGGAAUAGAAAUGGAUGAAAUCCAAGUGAGUAGAAAGUCGCUUUCAUCAAGGUUAAAGGAUACGUCUGGUUUUAAUAUUCUAUAUUUUUCCUACCCCCCUGGCCUCAAAUGUGCAGCGUGCAAAAGGAAUUUGUAGUGAUUUUAUUAAACACAAACAUAUCAGGGGUGUUUCCCUUUGAAAAAAAGGAAAAGUGAGCUGAAGGAGAUGAGUUAUGAAACCAGGAAAUGAGUCGGCGUUUUUGGCACUUCUUGUUCCCUAACCUCAGUUUUAAUGCAGUAUUUUUUUUGUCCUACAGAAUUCAACAUGUCACCCAGGGCAACAGUAAAAAGUUUACAAGUACAAAAGUAUUAGCAUCCAAACAUAUUUAAAGUACCAAAAGUAAAAAUAUUUAUUAUGCAGAACCAAAAAUAUUUGAUAAUAAAUAUAAAUAACUUAGUACAUUUACUCUACUUAAGUAUACUAUUUAAGUACUUGCAUUUUACUUGAGUAUUUCCAUUAUAUGCUACUUUAUACUUCUACUACAUGAAUUACUAGUUACUCUGAAAAGUCAGAUUAAAUAUAUAAAAUAUAAUCAACAAAUGAAUUAGGGUGUAUUAUAAAAGGUUAAGAUAAAAUAAGCCUUUAAAAUAUUAAUGUGAUGAACACAUUAAUACAUCAAUACCUACCAAUAAUAUCAUAUGUAUUAAGUAUUAUUCUGAGACUUUCAUUGUUGGUCUUUUUUUGGCAUCGUUUACAAUAAGAAAAAUGUAGAAUAUUUCCAGACUUAUCCUUUGAUAUUAAUAACUUAAGAUGUGUAACAGUAGGCCUUUAAUCAGUCAGAACUGUUUUGUCAUCUUAAAUAUCUUUAAAGUAAGAAAAUGUAUUUUCUAUGUGUUGUGAAGGCAUUAAACGCAGCAUGCUGAGCAGAUUACACCCACAUUGAUUAAUAUGGGUUGCUUUAGAUCAUUGAGAUUGUUUAUGUUCACUGUACAAAAUGAACAUUAGUACUGUGAUUCAUCAUGUUGCUGUUUUUUUUACAUGUUUCUCACGCUUUUCAGUCCUUAAUGGAACAGUGCCUUUUUAUAGAACCGGUGCAUUUACAACCACAGGAUAAAAUCAAAACCCUUUUCAGGAGGAUAGAAGCAGGUGAUUUCAUGUUGCCAGCAUGAUGGAGUAUUUCAAAGUCACUGACGUUUUACGACACUGUAGCUUGAGUUUACCUUCAGACCCGAUCACAGAUUUUAUGUGACUGACUUGUUUUUUUUGUUAAAUGAGCAGUGAGACUGUUUAAUGUCGGACGUGACGGAAAAAUAAAUCUAAAUUUUUCAGGUAUGAACUGUAAAGUGAAUGCAGUGAGAGGAUUUAUUAGUAAUUUUCAGGGGCUUGUUUUGCUUUGGGCCAAAUUAUAUCUUUAUUAUAAAGUCUUUAUUUAUACAUUAUGA